AUGUCUCAGCAUGGCCAGGGGAAUGGGCUGACUCCAGCCCAGAGAACCACUCCGUGCUUCAAUGUAGCCCUGGGCGAACAGGUAGAUGCCAACCCUACAGCUGCUGUUGUUAGUGGCAUAGUGACUCUUUUAGGUUCUCAUCAAACGUUUCUAUCGAUCACAGUUCCACUAAAGAUCUCACCACCGUCAAGUGAACUUUUGGAACCAAAAUAUGUAUCUUAUGUCAUUACAAUAGAAGGGAAGACAUAUACUUUGCUCCUAAAACAAAAAAUUUUUUUACCUCAUGAUUUUAGGAUUUAUACUUACAAUGAAGAGGGAUUUUUAUCCUCCCUUGUUCCUUUUUUUAAGAAUUUUUGCUUCUACGAAGGGCAUGUGGCAGAUUUCCCAAAAUCAGUUGUGACACUUAGCAUCUGUUCUGGAAUCAGAGGUUGGUUACAAUUUGAAAAUUUCACAUAUGGAAUUGAGCCUCUGGAGUCUUCAGCAGGAUUUGAGCAUGUGGUUUAUCAAGUAAGAAAUGAAAACACAGAUGUCUUCCUAUAUGCUGAAAACAAUAUAAAUAUGAAGUCAAGAAAAUUGCCUUAUGAACUCCAGAUGGUUAAUUCACAAUUAGAUUAUUUAUCAUCUUUCUCUGGGUAUCUGGAAAUGCAUGUUGUUGUGGAAAAAAGUCUGUAUAAUUUUAUGGGAUCUGAUGCAAACCUUGUUACUCAGAAAAUUGCCAUGGUUAUUGGACUUGUCAGCACAAUGUAUAGCUCACUUAACUUGACUAUUGUAUUGUCUUCCUUGGAGUUCUGGAUAGACAAAAAUAAAAUCAAUACUGCUGGAGAACCUGAUGAAAUAUUGAAGAGAUUUUUAAAGUGGAAAGAGUCUUACCUUGUUCUAAGGAGGCAUGAUAUGGCAUUUUUACUUAGUUAUAGGAAUAGAUUUAAAUAUGUGGGAGCGACAUUUCAAGGAAAGAUAUGUGAAAGAAACUAUGCUGGUGGUGUUGCUUUGUAUCCAAGAACAUUAAGUCUGGAGGCAUUUUCUGUUAUUAUUGCUCAAUUACUGGGUCAUAGCAUGGGAUUAACUUAUGAUGAUGUUGAAAGUUGUCACUGUUCAAGAGCUGUCUGCGUAAUGAACCCGGAAGCAGUGAAGUCCAAUGGUAUGAAAGUAUUUAGUACCUGUAGUAUGGCAGACUUUAAGAAUUUUGUAUCAACAAAAAAGCCUGAAUGUCUUCAGAAUCGACCAGACUUAGAUCCGUCUUAUAGGACUUCAACUUGUGGGAAUGGCAUCCGGGAAAUUGGUGAAGAAUGUGACUGUGGCACUAACCAAAGUUGUAUUACAUGUUGUGAUAGUGCGAAAUGUAAACUGAAAAGUGGAGCAGUGUGUGCCCAAGGAGAGUGCUGUCAAAACUGUCAGUUUCGUGCAAGAGGUACACAAUGUAGAGAUCGUGCUGAUUCGGACUGUGAUCUCCCUGAAUAUUGUAAUGGAUCUUCAGAAUUCUGUAUGCCUGACUUACAUGUUCAAGAUGGACAUGAUUGCCGUUCCAGAACGGCUUAUUGCUAUAAAGGAAAAUGCCCAGAUCCAAAUGCUCAGUGUAGAGAAAUAUUUGGUCAAGAUUCAUCUCUCGGUGCUACUGCUUGUUUUGAAGAACUAAAUAGUAAGGCAGAUCGGACAGGACACUGUGGUCGUACCAUGUCAGGAUACAUACAGUGCCGAUGGAGGGACUUCCUCUGUGCAAAACUAAUAUGUGACUUUAAAAGUCGACAGCCAUUUUAUAAUACAAAAGCAGCUACCAUUUAUGUUAAUGCAAGAGGAAAUCUGUGUAUCACCUUAGACUACAUAACAUAUGAUGAUUCUCAAGACCCCAUGUGGGUACGUGAUGGAGUCGCUUGUGGUUAUAAAAAGGUCUGCUUGAAUCGGCAAUGUGUUGACCUUGGUGCCCUGGGAUUUGACUGUCCUAUUCAAAAAUGUAUGGGGCGUGGGGUUUGCAAUAAUCUCAAACACUGUCACUGUGAAGAUGGGUGGCUCCCUCCAACCUGUACCACUCCAACCUUUGGAGUAGGAGGAAGUAUCGACAGUGGAAUCCAUCCAAAAUCUUACUUACUUGCAAUGUCUUCAGGUCACAGAUCUAAAAAUUGGGGCAUCAUAAUUGGCUUCUCCGUAGCAGUUAUUUUUGCAGUAGCAAUACUUUUAGCAAUAAUAUUUUGUCACCAAGGAACGAAAUGUAUACUUCAGGAUGCAUCAAGUGAUAAAUCAUUUGCAGAAGACAAUUAUUCAAUAUAAGCCAGGCACAAUCCAAAAAUUUAA